UUUUUCUUGGAUAUAUAAAAAACACAUAGGAAAAGAUUUAAAACCUUGCUAAAAUGUGAAAGAUGGCACUCCCUUAAGAAAUGUUUGGCUACAGGACAUGGGCAUGUGUCAGUAGAAGUAGUGAGCAAUGAGGUAGACUUUAAUCUAACAAGAUGGAAAUGGCAGAUUUAUAAUGCAAUAUUUACAAAGGUGCACAAAGGAACACCAACCCAGCAAUCAAACAUCACUCCAUGGUCAAAUUGCACAUUGUGCAAGCUAAGCCAAGUUUCUUGUGAUGAAAAACAUUUUGAUCACUUGAAGCCCUUGUAGGAAUGUGUCAGCACACCUGAAAACUGCUUUGCUGAUUAGUGAAGCAAUAAACUUGGCCUUCCUCGGGCUAGUUGAGUAUCUGGAGCAUGACUAAUGUGAAUUAGAUUAUAGACUUGGCAGAAAAUGUAUGCAAUGUAAGCAUGUUGUUCGUCCCUUUAUUUUUUGGUGGGAAGGCUCCUUUUUGCAGUCUGACCGCAGGCUCAUCAGUGAUAUCUGGUCAGACCAACCUGUUUUAUCAAUCAUUUGGAGGAAAUCCAGUGGUUAGCCUACUGUCUGAAAUGUAAUCUUUUCUUUCAUUUUCUAGAAACAUUUCUUUAUCAGAAGUCAUACGACGUAGAUAUGUUGGGUUUUAGUGUUUUUCUCCAUCAUCUCCCACUGACUUCAAUAUAGCUGUCACCAAGGCCUGGCUAAAGACCAGGAUGUCGAAAUAAAUCUGGACGCAUUUUGCAGUACUGGAGCCAGCAUGCUUUUCUGGUUAUUCUGAUUCUGACCCACAAUCCUCUGCGCAGCGGAAGACACGUCGCAUAAGUCACUGUGUGUCACGCAAAUGUAAACAAAGCACAGAGAGCACAAACAUUUGAGAGCUCACUGACAGAUGACAGAUGAAAGCAGGUUAAAGUAUAAAUACCACGUUAUUUGUGCUCCAGAGUUUCAAGCUAAGACUGCGACGGAUAUCCGAGCAAGAGGGUCAAAGUUCAAGUUCAUCACGAAGUAUGUUCCCUGCAGAUGUCCAGCAGCUGUUGGUGAUUAAAGAAGAGGUUUCCCCUGAGUGGAGCCCCAGGCUGGACCAGAAGGACCCAGAGCCCCUACACAUAAAAGAAGAACAGGAGGAACUCUGGACCAGUCAGGAGGGAGAGCAGCUUCAUGGACUGGAGGAGGCUGAUAUCACCAGGCCAUCAUUUACUGCCUUCACUGUGAAGAGUGAAGAUGAUGAAGAGAAACUUCAGACUUCACAGUUUCAUCAAAUCCAAACUGAGGACAACAGAGAGGCAGAGCCUCCAGCCAGCAGCUCAGCAACACAGAUAAAAGCAGAAACUGAUGGAGAGGACAGUGGGGGAUCUGAACCUGUAAGGAACCAAGAACCAGAUCGUCAUACACAGCUAAAUACUGAUGAGGAGGGUUCAGACUUUUCUGAGACAGAGGUCAGUUCUGAUGAUUGGCAAGAACCUUUGUCAGAUUCUGGACCUGAAACUGAAGAGAGUGAUGACAAUGAUGAUGAUGAAUGUUGUGGAUUGAAGAAAAAGGUAAACACACAGACGAGAGACAACAGCGGAGGAAAAUCAUUUGGUUGUGAUAUUUGUGGGAAAAGAUUUACACAACAGCGUAAUCUAAAGCCACACAUGAGAAUUCACACUGGAGAGAAACCUUUUGGCUGUGGUGAGUGUGGAAAAAGAUUCAACCAGCAGUCACACCUUGAGAGACACAUGAGAGUCCACAGGGGAGAGAAACCAUUUGGUUGUGAUGUUUGUGGGGCAACAUUCUGCCUUAAAAAAACUCUUGAGAAACACAUGAAAGUCCACACGGGAGAGAAACCAUUUGGCUGUGGUGAUUGUGGGAGAAGAUUUAGAGAGCAGAAACGUCUAAAGACGCACAUGAGAGUCCACACAGGAGAGAAACCAUUUGGUUGUGACAUUUGUGGGAAAAGAUUUACACUACAGGGACCUCUGAAGACACACAUGAAAAUCCACACAGAAGAGAAACCAUUUAGUUGUGAUGUUUGUGGGGCAAAAUUUCACCGCAAGACAUACCUUGAUACUCACAUGAGAGUCCACACAGGUGAAAAACCAUUUGGCUGUGAUGUGUGUGGAAUAAGAUUUAGUGUUCAAUCAAAUCUUAAGAGACAUAUGGGAGUCCACACAGGGGAGAAACCGUUUUGCUGUGGCGAUUGUGGGAAAAGAUUUAGGGGGCAAAGACGUCUGACAUUACACAUGAGAGUCCACACAGGAGAGAAACCAUUUAGUUGUGACGUGUGUGAAAAAAAGUUCACAGAGCAGGGAAGUCUGAAGACGCACAUGAGACUCCACUCGGGAGAGAAACCAUUUGGCUGUGAUGUUUGUGGGACAAGAUUCAACUUUAAGUCAAGCUUCGAGACACACAUGCGAUUCCACAGAGGAGAGAGACCAUUUGGCUGCAGUGAGUGUGGAAAAAGAUUUACAGGAAAGGGAAAUCUUAAGAAACACAUGAUUGUCCACUCAAGAGACAAACCCUUUGGCUGUGAUGUUUGUGGCGAAAGAUUUAAGGAACAGAGAAAUCUUAUGAAACACAAGAGAGUACAUUCAGGAUAGAACUGUUCAGAUGCAGAGUGUUUUAGUAAAAUGGUUUCAAAGUCCUUCAUUGUGUCAUUGUUUUUGGAUGAAUCCUUUUCAUGUCUUUCUUUUAAAUCAUGUAAAUGAAAAAGGAAAGAAAACAUUUGCCACAAAUUUAUCAACAAGGCCUUCAGGCUCAUUCGUGAUAAUACAACCACAAAUAAGUGUUGAACACCGCAGUUUAAAUUAGUAUUAUGCCGCACAUCAUGGCAGCACAGUGACUAGAGUUGUUUCCUCACAGCAAGAAGAUCCUGAGUUUCCAGGUCAGAGUUUCUGACUUUAAAUCAAACAUAGAUCAUGUCAGAGGUUAAAAUAUUUUGCUACUGGAAUAAGAUCCAACAUAUUUCAUGUAUUGUUACUGAUUGAUCGAUAAUCGAUUGUUAAGGCAGCCAACUAUCAAUUAAGGAAAUUACUUAAAAUUUGCCUCCCUAAUCGGAACUUUAAUUCCUGCCCUUAAGACCACAACAGCCAACUAGUGAUCAGGUAGACAGGAGACCCACUCUCUGUUGCCUUCCCUCUCUCCUGAGCCACUAACAUGCCAGACAUGCGAUGAUUGAUGCGUCAUGUUAUGGUAUUAUACAGUUUAUGUAGAUUUUCUAACUUGGGAAUUAUACAAGUUUAUGUAUUUCUUUGCAUUUUACGCUUUGUAUAGGCUGUUUAUCCUCCCAAUCACUUGUCUUUGACUAUUUUAUAUACACAGUUAGUGUAAAUAAGGAAAUAAAGAACUAUAAUGAG